AUGAUGAGCAAGUUUGUUCCUCAACAACAAACUUGUUCCCCAACAGCAACUUCAUCGGAAAUUAAUCCUUCUCAGCAAAUAGCUUACGGAGAUGCUGCUCAUUCAAAGUUGAACAAUGAAACAGAAACAGCUAUCAAACCAUUAUGGCUUUACGGUUAUUGCUAUCUUUCCUUGGAUAAAACGGUUUGGACCUUGUUGUUGGAUUUUGAAUAUCAAUUGGAUCCAAAUGCCAUGGAGGGCCAUGUCAUGAUUCCAAUUACCAACCAAGAGGUAAUAGCACAUUCCAAGUACAAAAAAGGAAAUAGCAAGGCCAACACACCAACCAACAUCGAACUACUUCAGCAAUCUUUUUUAGAAUAUUCGAACGCAAAUUUUAAAGAAUGUUUAACAACUCUGCAGGAGUUAAUUGAAAGAAAAACCGUGACAACUCCUGCAAGGGAUGAUGAACUAUUGAUUCUUAAUUCCCUUGUUGCUUUAUAUGUAACCGUUAUUUUAAAUUAUUCAACCAUACUCUCAACUCAAUAUCAAAGUUAUCACAACAGUAUGGAACUUCUAAAGGUUGGAGAAAUAAUGCUGAAACAAUUCAAAAAUUCUCAUCUACAAAUGUUUUUUAGCUCAUUGAUUGAGAUUUCCAAAAGCAAUUACUUUAGGAAGAGAAAAAAACCUAAACUUGUUCAUUAUUGUUGCAAAGAGGCGUUUAACAGAUAUAACCAAACUGGAUGUUUGAUUUACUCACAAUAUAUUCUUCAAGCUCUAGCAACAUCAUGCCUCUAUUGUAAAAAACAUGAUGAAGCAAUUCAGCAUUUUGAAAACAAUUUAUUCCUGUAUGCUCAUCAAAAGGAUAAUGUUUACGUGCAGCAUCAUUCAUUGGACUACUUUAAUCGAAUUUUAACAUUUAUUUGUGAGAAUGAAUAUUUUUUGAUUAUCAACAAAUGUUUUAAUAUGUUUAAUUAUGGUGUAACUUUGUAUGAAAAGAGUACAGAACGGCCGUCACAAGCAACAGACAGUAUUAACGAAAUUUUGAAGUGUCGAUAUUUUAUAUUUCAAGCCAUUGAUAUGAUGCAUCAGCAUAUCUCAUCACACCAUAACAUUGUAAUAGAAAAAAGAUGGUUGAAGCACAUGGUAAAAACAUUCAAGGUUAUAUCUCUCAAAUUCGAACAUGUCCCAAUAGAUUGCCCCAUGUCUAUUCAAACCUUAAUGAACAAAUUUUGUGAACAAGAUGAGGGACUCAUGGAGGGAGAAAGCCACAAUAAGAACACAAGCCCAUUUAGGAAUCAAAAUUACUACAUUAUGACUUUGAACAAGGCCAUUCAUUUCGUGAUUAAGGAAAAUCAAAAGCAGCAAAUCCUUGAAACAGCCAACAUUGACGAGGAUGAAUACAUGAGGGUUAAGAAGAUGAUUUCCAUACUUCCUUUGUUGAAGUGUGACCCUUUUUAUUCCAAUGUAUUAAUCCAUGAGAGCCAUAUUCGAUCUCAAAAGCAAUCCAUAUCAGAAUCACUUGAUCAUGCAGUGAAAACGUUGAAAUCAUCAAAAUUAUUUCUGUCACCUCUAAGAAUGAACCACACAUCUUAUCUUUCGUCAGAAUGUAACGAGAGCCCAAGUGAUGUUUUUCCAACAAUGUUUGCCCCCAUUUCUCUUGACAGCAGUUCCACUUCUUUCAGACACACCCUAAGCCCAAUCAAAUUGUCUCCUCUCAAUUUUUCACGACCAAGCACAACUGGUGCGAGCUCAAAGGAUUGUUCCUCAUGCAGCGAGUCAGAAGUAACCUCACAACUCACAAUGAGAAAUGAUGUCGAAAAACGCAUUUUCACCACUUUAACAAGAGAGAAGAACGAAAAACAACGAUUGGAGGCUAUCAUAGUUCUUCAAGCUUUCCUCAGAAUGAUUUUGGCUCGAAGGAAACUGCAAUUCUUACAGUGUCCAUUGUCAAAAGGUGCCCACAUUUAG